AUGACAAACCAGGAGAAAUGGGCCCACCUCAGCCCCUCAGAAUUUUCCCAACUUCAGAAAUAUGCUGAAUAUUCUACAAAGAAAUUAAAGGACGUUCUUGAAGAAUUCCAUGGUAAUGGCGUGCUUGCAAAGUAUAAUCCUGAAGGGAAACAAGACAUUCUUAACCAAACCAUAGAUUUUGAAGGCUUCAAGCUGUUCAUGAAGACCUUUUUGGAAGCUGAACUCCCUGAUGAUUUCACUACACACCUUUUCAUGUCAUUCAGCAACAAAUUUCCCCAUUCCAGCCCAAAUGUAAAGAGCAAGCCUGCUCUCCUUUCAGGUGGUCUGAGAAUGAAUAAGGGUGCCAUCACCCCUCCUCGUUCUUCUCCAGCUAAUACAUGCUCUCCAGAAGUGAUCCACCUCAAGGACAUUGUCUGCUAUCUGUCUCUCCUUGAAAGAGGAAGACCUGAGGAUAAACUUGAGUUUAUGUUUCGCCUUUAUGACACAGAUGGAAAUGGCUUCCUGGACAGCUCGGAAUUGGAAAAUAUCAUCAGCCAGAUGAUGCACGUUGCAGAGUACCUUGAAUGGGAUGUCACUGAACUUAACCCGAUCCUCCAUGAAAUGAUGGAAGAAAUUGACUAUGACCGUGAUGGCACUGUGUCUCUGGAGGAGUGGAUUCAAGGAGGAAUGACGACUAUUCCACUUCUUGUCCUGCUGGGCUUGGAAAAUAAUGUGAAGGAUGAUGGACAGCAUGUGUGGCGACUCAAACACUUUAACAAGCCUGCCUACUGCAAUCUCUGCCUGAACAUGCUGAUUGGCGUGGGGAAGCAGGGCCUCUGCUGCUCCUUCUGCAAGUACACAGUCCAUGAGCGCUGUGUGGCCAGAGCCCCUCCCUCCUGCAUCAAGACCUAUGUCAAGUCAAAGAAGAACACGGAUGUCAUGCACCAUUAUUGGGUUGAAGGCAACUGCCCAACCAAGUGUGAUAAGUGCCACAAAACAGUUAAAUGUUACCAGGGCCUGACGGGGCUGCACUGUGUUUGGUGUCAGACCACACUGCACAAUAAAUGUGCUUCACAUUUGAAGCCUGAAUGUGACUGUGGACCUCUGAAGGACCAUAUUUUGCCACCCACCACAAUCUGUCCAGUGGUAUUGCAGACUAUGCCCACUGCAGGAGUUUCAGUUCCUGAGGAAAGACAAUCAACAGCUAAAAAGGAAAAGGGCAGCUCCCAGCAGCCAAAUAAAAUGACAGACAAGAACAAAAUGCAAAGAGCUAACUCUGUUACUAUGGACGGACAAGGUUUGCAGAUCACUCCUGUUCCUGGUACACAUCCACUUCUAGUUUUCGUUAACCCCAAAAGUGGGGGAAAGCAAGGAGAACGAAUUUACAGAAAAUUCCAGUAUUUACUAAAUCCUCGUCAGGUUUACAGUCUCUCUGGAAAUGGACCAAUGCCAGGGUUACACUUUUUCCGGGAUGUCCCUGACUUCAGAGUGUUAGCAUGCGGUGGAGAUGGGACUGUGGGCUGGAUUUUGGAUUGCAUAGAAAAGGCCAAUGUAGUCAAGCACCCUCCAGUUGCUAUUCUGCCUCUUGGGACUGGCAAUGACCUAGCAAGAUGCCUGCGGUGGGGUGGAG